GAAGGCGGACAUGUUUGAGGGAAAUGUGCUGGUUAAAAAGUAUCGAAGAAGGCAAGAAGAUUAUUUGAAGAAAGGUUUCGCAUUAUUUGGGAUUUUUACUUUACUUUUUUCAGAUCUUAAUAGCCUAAUAAUCGCCACGUGUUUAUACCGUUUUGUUUUGUGUUUUACUUAGGACUAUGCUGUUUAUUUGUAUCUACUUGUUAGUUUAUUCAUUUUACAACAUUAUUUCACCGAUUUAGUAAUUACACAUGUUCAGAUAGUAUAGUUACGCCAUCUUUUUUCGUGACAUUGUGGGGAUUUUGUAACCUUGGCGUGGGGGAUGGGCGCAUGUGGUUAGGUAACCAUUUUGUCUGGCUCUUGAAUUAAGCAACAGUCCCUUAUUUUCGAACGUUUUCUCUUCAGCAGUGUUGCAAUUGAUAGUAACUUGUAUUUUAGUUUGAUUUCAACGAAAUACACCGACUUCUCACGGCUAUUUGGAUACAAGUUGUUUAAGUAAAUUGAAGCUUAGAUUUCGAUUCUGCGUGUCAUUUGUCGUGGUUCUUUAGUGUUUUCGGUAGUUUUAAAAGGUGUUGUCGGGCAGGGUUUUAUUUCAUGGGUUAAAAUUGCUGUGUCAUUCAUGUUGUUCUUGUGACCCACCUAACAUGGCGGAUAUGGCUCAACAGCUGCUUUGGUGUCGUCGUUAAUUAUUGCUAUGUCUCCCAGCACGUAGAAUGUAAUGGGAACAUUUUGGUUAGUUUCACAUUUAACUUAAUGUGGAUGUCUAUUGUCGUGUUCAACUUAGUUUUUAGUGUUAUCGUGUUCAGGGAGUUGUCAAAUGCGACAGAAUUCGCGAUUUUGUACGGCUCAAAGAUGGCGACUGUGCUGCUUUCCGGCGACAUAAAUGCGGAUAUUCUGGUUGAGAGAGUGCGCUCGUGGAGAUCAGCCCUUGGUUCUUGCGGGACACGCGUGACCUGGUCGAGGGACCAAUGGGCUUCAUGGUGUUUGCCCCAGAAGCCCGCGUUUAAGUUGUCUGGGCCAAUCCGCGUGGUUACUUUGCACAUGUUGACGUAAUGUAAUACGAUAAGGAGAAGGGUGUGUUCAAUGCACUUGCAUUUUGUGGCGGAUUAUCUGCAAAAGCCACUUGCAUGCAGCGUUUCGGCAGCAUUGCAACAGUCUGUCCAAUCGCUUUGUGUAGUUUAUUUGAUGGACAGUCGGCAUUAGCGAAUAGGUUGGUUCAAAAGGCUGUAAAGGAAGUAGCUACAUUCUGGGGCGCGGCCUGUUUGACUGACGCGGAAGGCGGCCAAUGGGAUCUCUGAGGGCGUGUUCAAGGCUUGUGGCUGUAACCAAUAGGGCGUAAGGUUGGUCUAUAAAGUCUCGGGUGCAGUCGCAGAAUCGCCAUUUCAACGAACAGAUCGAGGGAGACCGCGUUGACGGGGAGCGGAGGAAACUGGCGAGCUGACUCCGGUCCCGGUUUGAUUCUAGCAUAAAUACAAUCCGGAUCCAUCCCGAUGGAUAUGGCUCUUAACCCGCCCCAAGACAGCUCUCUCCUCGGGGUUGAGGUUGGCUUAAUGGGAGUCUCAACGAUGGAGCAGAGUUCUGGCGCAGCUGGGAAGCGAAUCAGGAAACCCUCUCUGCUUUACGAGGGCUUUGAGAGUCCUGGGCUCCCUGCUCUCAGCCAGAUGAUCCCCUCUGGACCCCCUCAGCCCCCAAUCAAAGAUCCCAAUCGACAGGGAAGGAUGACCAACCAGCUCCAGUUUCUACAGAAAGUGCUUCUGAAGUCGCUGUGGAGACACCACUUUGCCUGGCCCUUCCAUGAACCAGUUGAUGCUGUCAAGCUCAACCUACCUGAUUAUCAUAAAAUUAUUAAAACACCAAUGGACAUGGGCACCAUAAAGAAAAGACUUGAGAAUAAUUACUACCGCAGUGCAAGUGAAUGUAUGCAGGACUUCAAUACCAUGUUUACCAAUUGCUACAUAUAUAACAAGCCCACAGACGAUAUUGUUCUUAUGGCUCAGUCUCUAGAAAAGGCAUUUCUGCAGCAAGUGGCAAAGAUGCCCCAAGAGGAAGUGGAGCUGGCCCCUCCCACCCCCAGAAACAAAACAAGCAAAGGCGGGAGAAAAGGUCGUGGUGCAGCAGUAUCUGGGGGAAUAACUACAGCUCAUCAAGUCCCUGCAGUGUCCCAGUCUGCCUACUCUCCCCCUACUCCAGACACUCCAGACUCUGUCCUAUCCACACCCCCACAGACCCUCCUCACCAAACUUCUUCCCCCAGAACAGAGCGCUCCUACAAUCACUGGCCUGCCCCCCACACAGCCCACUGCAAAGAAAAAAGGUGUGAAGAGGAAAGCCGACACAACCACUCCCACCACAGUUGCGAUGCCCCUCAUGAGCUCCUUGGGCGUUGGUCCCAUGGGGCUAGGACUCACUGGGCACGAAUCCCCUCACACCCUCGCCUCUCUGGGCAUGACCAUGGACCCUGCCACCGCCCUCAGCAUGGGCAUGGGGAUGGGCAUGACAAUGACGCAUGCUGGAGUCAUGAUGGGCACCAAGGCAACCUCCGGAGGACGCAGGGGGGUGAGUGGGAGACCCAUAAAACCCCCAAAGAAGGACUUGCCAGAUUCAAUGAUUGCUGCUCCAGUACGUCGCAGUAAACUUGGACCCCAGCUGAGGUAUUGUAGCGGGGUCUUGAAGGAGCUACUGUCCAAGAAGCAUGCAGCGUAUGCAUGGCCGUUCUACAAACCGGUUGAUGCGGCAACGCUCGGGCUCCACGACUACCACGACAUCAUCAAACAACCAAUGGACCUCAGCACCAUCAAGAGGAAAAUGGACAGUCGGGAGUACAGAGACGCACAGCAGUUCUCCGCUGAUGUCAGACUGAUGUUUUCAAACUGUUACAAGUACAACCCCCCAGACCAUGACGUUGUCACCAUGGCUCGAAAACUACAGGACGUCUUUGAGUUUUGUUUUGCAAAGAUGCCCGAUGAACCUCCAGCCCCUCAGAGUUCUUCAUCGUCGUCCUCCUCUUCCUCCUCUUCGUCAGAGAGCGAGUUGAGCAGCGAGAGCGAGGAGAGUGAUAGCAGUCCCUCCUCAGACUCCGAGGAGGAGAGGGCCAACAGGCUGGCAGAGCUACAAGAACAGUUGAAGGCUGUUCACGAGCAGCUUACGGCACUCUCCCAAGGCCCGAUCAUCAAACCCAAGAAGAAGAAAGAGAAGAAAGACAAGAAGAAGAAGAAAAAGGGGGAUAAAGAGAAACAUCGGCGACUAGAAGACGAGGUCGUGACCAUCAAACCGGCCAAAGCCCCAAAACUCACCAAACCCCCAAAGAACAAGAGCAGCAAAAGUCUGAACUGUACCCCAGGAAAGAAGUCUGCCAGCAAGAAAACCAGCAAGAGCAAAUCCAAAAAGACUGCGCCCAUGGUCUUCAACGUCCCACCCUCGGCCCACGAACCAUUCAUUGGCCACUAUGACUCUGAUGAAGAGGAGGACACGGCACCGAUGUCAUAUGAUGAGAAGAGGCAGUUGAGUCUGGACAUAAACAAACUCCCUGGAGAGAAACUCGGACGCGUUGUUUACAUCAUCCAAUCACGAGAGCCCUCACUUAGAGACACAAACCCAGAGGAGAUUGAGAUCGACUUUGAGACGCUAAAACCAUCAACGCUGCGAGAACUGGAGAGAUACGUCAUGACCUGUCUGAGGAAGAAGCCACGGAAGCCGUAUGCGAGUAAAAACAGUGCGGGGAAAAGCAGAGAGGAGCUAGCUCUGGAAAAGCAGCUGGAGCUGGAGCGCCGCCUCAUGGACGUCAGCGGACAACUGAACUCCGGGAAGAAGCCCGUCAAAGCCAAACCGGACAAACCGGCGGCAGAUGCUCACACGCAGCCCUCUCGCCUCAGCGCCUCCUCCUCUUCCUCAGACUCAUCUUCCUCCUCUUCAUCCUCCUCCUCCUCAGACACCAGUGAGUCGGACUCAGGCUGAGCUGAUAAAGUAUGGACUGAAUGAAUUGACCGCAGGCGGAUCACAGCAGCACUAAACUGGACCCUCAGAGGGUCCUGGGACGGUCCGGACCGGGCUGUGGGACCCUGGAUCCAGAUCCACGAGUUUGAAGGAGAUGGGUGCUACAGCCAGAGUCUAAAUCUGGAGAUUUCCCUUCAAACCGUGUCCCGUCUUAUGCUGUAUAGAUACAGUGUACAGUUAUAUAAAUAUCUAUUUUUCUUUUAUAAAGAAGCAUUUUAUGGAGCUAAAUUAUUCCCUGAUUGUGGGAAAGAUGGACUGGCGUGGGUAGUGUUGUGUUUUACUUUUUGUUUUUCCUCGAGUGAAGCAGAAAAGAGGGAGCCACUGUCUGUGUGAAUGUUCAUGUAUGUUCGCAUGCACAUGUGAGUACAGCUCCUCACAGUUUAAGCAGAAGCACCUUCAGAACGCAUGCAUCCGUUAAACCCACUGUACAGAAACAUCACAUUUAUACAUCUAUAUUUCUGUUCCAUGUUCGCUUAAACUUCAGUUUCUGUGUAUUUGUUGACUUUCCUUGUGACCAAUCUGCGAAUAAAUUGUGAGGACGUGUUGUCCACUCACCCGUGCAAAGAUACCAUCUCUUUUGUUUUGAUUUUCCUUUGUGCUAUUUAUCUUGUUCUGUCCAUUAAAAAUAAUUAUUGUAGAUAAUAUAAUUUAGAGUUUUGAAUUGAUUCCCUUAAUUUAAUUUAACUAAACCCAUUUUCCAUCUUUAAAACAAGUUGGCCUUUCUUACCUACGGCAGCUGGCAUGUUGUUAUUUGAAAGCAGUAGAAACAUUUAGUAGGAAUAGAGAUGGGUGUUCCGAACAGAUAAGAUGGACAUGCUUUUCAGUCUCAGUAACCAGUAGUCUUUUUAAAUAUUUUUUGUUAAUAUUGCACUGGUUUGUUUUGAUGGCAAUUCAAGUUUAGUGUGUACUUUGUUGAUUGCCUUUGACUUGAGUUAGAAAUAUUUCUGAAAGAACUUAAGAUUUUCAGUGUCUUCUGAAGUGUUAAGCAUUUGGGCUGUAGAACUGUAUAAUCAUUUUACAGUUUUAUUCUGAGCAUGUUUUUGUUGUAUAUUAGCCUAUUUUCCUCUUUGAUAUAAAGGAGGAAAAGUCUAAAUACUCCAUUAUCUCUUUAGUUAUGUUUGUCAGAAAUCUGAAACCUCUGUACUUGACUGCAUUUUCACCUGUACAUAAAUAAACAGAUAUGACCAA